GCGCUCCCUAUGAUCAACUACAUUCUCCUCGUCUCCCGGCAAGGGAAACUCCGCCUGUCGAAAUGGUUUACCACUAUGCAACCCAAGACCAAAGUAAAAAUCGUCAAGGAUGUUACGCAGUUAGUCCUUGCUCGUAGAACUAGGAUGUGUAACUUCCUUGAAUACAAAGAUACCAAGGUAGUCUAUCGUCGAUACGCAUCGUUGUUCUUCGUCUGCGGGAUAAGCUCCUCAGACAACGAACUCGUAACACUGGAAAUCAUACAUCGAUACGUCGAGGUGUUGGAUCGAUAUUUUGGAAAUGUAUGCGAAUUAGAUCUCAUCUUCAACUUCCAGAAAGCAUAUGCGAUCUUGGACGAACUCAUAAUUGCAGGUGAACUACAGGAAUCAUCGAAGAAAUCGGUUUUACGUGUGGUAACACAAUCAGACAGUGUCGAGGAACAGGAGAAGUCGGAGGAUGUUAUGGCCCGCUUAGGUUCGAGGAGUGGUUGAACGACCACCGCUAGUAGAUUAUAUCUUAGUUCCCUGUAUACUAAUACUCUAACAUUGUUAGGCAUGUGAAGACCCAGUUUCCAUUUGGAUACUCAAAAAUGAA